AUGACAUCCUAUGCCAUGCUCGGCCUGCCCACUGCUGGGGAAAGCCACCUUCUAAACAGCUGCAGGAAGAAGGAGCACAUGCUGGCCACCAACUCAGACAUCUCCACUCUUAUCCCAGCCAUGACAGGGAUCUACAAGAUUCCUCAGGUCAGUUAUGGCUUGGAUAACCCUGUUCUGGAGGACCACACUCGGUUCCCAUUCAUCUACCAGAUGGUCCCAAAGGAAGAGAGCAUGUACUUGGGCAUUGCCCAACUGGCUAUCAAUGAGAAUUCCAUGCUCCUACCCAACUUCAGCCUUGGCUACAACAUCUAUGAGAGCCAUUAUGAUGCAAGGACGACAUGCUAUGCCAUGCUCAGCCUGCCUGCUGCUGGGGACAGCCACCUUCCCAACUUCAGCUGCGGGAAUAGGAAGAAGACAAAGAACCCGGUGGCCAUUCUUGAAGGAACAGAUUCAGACAUCUCCACUCUUAUUCCAGCCAUGUCAGGCAUCUACAAGAUUCCUCAGGUGACGCCUCGUUCCAGGUGCGUGGAGAGCUGUCGCCCUGGUUAUGCAAAGGAGAGUCAGGAAGGGAAACCACCUUGCUGCUACUUUUGUGCCCCGUGUGCAGAAGGGACCAUCUCCACUCAGGAAGAUGCAGAGCAGUGCAGCAGGUGCCCUGAAGAUCAGCACCCAAACAAGGACCGAGAUCGCUGUGUCCCCAAGAGAAUUACCUUCCUCUCUUAUGAGGAACCUUUGGGGAUUCUCCUGGCUUCCUUUGCCCUCAUUUGGCUUUUAAGCACAGGCAUUACGCUUGGAAUCUUCAUCCAAUUCCGAGAAACUCCUAUUGUCAAAGCCAACAACAGGGACCUCUCCUACAUUCUCCUCGUCUCCCUCCUGCUUUCCUUUUUGUGUUCCUUCCUAUUCAUUGGCCAGCCAGGCAAAGCAACUUGUCUGCUCCGACAAACAGUCUUCAGUAUCAUCUUCUCAGUUGCCACCUCUAGUGUGUUGGCCAAAACCAUCAUGGUGGUGCUGGCCUUCCUGGCCACCAAACCAGGGAACAGGGUGAAGAGAUGGCUGGGAAAGAGUUUGGCCAUCUCCAUUGUGAUUUCCUGUUCCAGUGUCCAGGUUGUCACCUGCUCCAUCUGGCUAGCCAUGGCCUCACCUUUUCCUGACUCUGACAUGCACUCCCAGUCUGGACACAUCAUCCUACAAUGCAAUGAAGGGUCUCUCACAAUGUUCUACAUUGCCCUUGGCUACAUGGGCUUCCUGGCUGCCAUCUGCUUCACAGUGGCUUUCCUGGCCAGGAAGCUGCCCGGGGCCUUCAAUGAGGCCAAGCUGAUCACCUUCAGCAUGCUGGUCUUCUGCAGUGUCUGGGUGUCCUUCGUGCCCUCCUACCUGAGCACCAAGGGGAAGUACAUGGUGGCUGUGCAGGUCUUCUCCAUCUUGGCCUCCAGUGCUGGGCUGCUGGGUUGCAUCUUUCUUCCCAAGUGCUACAUCAUUGUCCUGCGGCCUGAUCUGAAUACAAAGGAACAUCUCAUGACCAAAAGCAAAGAUUCCAUGUGA